AGGAUGUUGUUUGCUUUUGGUUAAAAAAGAAAGAAGACUACUAUAGACAAAGCCUAUAUAUCUGCAUAUAUUAUGGCAUUGUAAAUAACAAUGCAGUUAAAUUUACACCAGUCUUCCUGAUGAGGCUUGGAGCAUCUUGCCUUAGUAGACAUGAGUGACCCAAGGCAGUCACAAGAAGAGAAGCACAAGCUUGGCAGAGCCUCUUCCAAGUUCAAGGAUCCUCCCAGAAUCAUGCAGUCAGAUGAUUACUUUGUUCGAAAAUUUAAAGCCAUUAAUGGCAACAUGGGACCUGCUACUUCUUUAAGUGCUUCAAACUCCAACGAGGGUAGCGGUGGUGGUCCAACUAAUGGUACCCCAGCUGUGCCCAAAAUGGGCGUGAGAGCAAGAGUGUCUGAAUGGCCUCCUAAAAAAGACUGCUCCAAGGAGCUGGCCUGCAAAACGCUGUGGGAAAGCCGAUCUCAGACCAGUUACGAAAGUGUCACCUCUGUCCUGCAGAAUGGACAGAAUGACCAGAGUGAUGGUCAGCAAGAGGAGCAGCUUGAUCUGGACUUUGUGGAGGCAAAGUAUACAAUCGGAGACAUCUUUGUUCAUUCCCCUCAAAGAGGACUUCACCCCAUAAGACAGAGAAGCAACAGUGAUGUCACCAUCAGUGACAUCGAUGCUGAAGAUGUCUUAGACCAAAAUGCAGUCAACCCCAACACCGGGGCCGCCCUGCACAGGGAGUAUGGAAGCACAUCAUCCAUCGACAGGCAAGGCUUAUCUGGUGAAAACUUUUUUGCUAUGCUCAGAGGGUACCGAGUAGAGAACUAUGACCACAAAGCAAUGGUCCCUUUUGGGUUUCCUGAGUUUUUCCCCUGUGAUCCCGCAAUCUCUCCCAGCCUGCAUGCAGCAGCACAGAUUUCUAGGGGAGAAUUUGUCCGCAUCUCAGGAUUAGACUACAUGGACAGUGCCCUUCUGAUGGGGAGAGACAGGGACAAGCCUUUCAAACGGAGGUUAAAAUCUGAAUCUGUGGAAACAUCCCUGUUCCGAAAGCUGCGAACUGUUAAAAGUGAGCACGAAACUUUCAAGUUCACAUCUGACCUGGAGGAGAGCCGUCUUGAGAGGGGUGUUCGCCCUUGGAAUUGUCAGCGUUGUUUUGCACAUUACGAUGUCCAGAGCAUUUUGUUUAAUAUCAAUGAAGCCAUGGCUACGAGGGCUAAUGUGGGGAAAAGGAAAAACAUAACCACCGGGGCUUCCGCAGCAUCCCAGACGCAGAUGCCUGCAGGCCAGACAGGCAACUGCGAGUCUCCUUUGGGGAGCAAGGAGGACCUCAACUCCAAAGAGAACCUGGAUGCUGAUGAGGGCGAUGGGAAAAGUAAUGACCUCGUCCUUAGUUGUCCCUACUUCAGGAAUGAGACUGGAGGAGAAGGUGACAGGCGGAUUGCACUCUCUCGGGCCAACUCGUCCUCUUUCAGUUCUGGGGAAGGCUGCUCCUUUGAAUCGUCUCUCAGUUCUCACUGCACAAAUGCAGGUGUCUCGGUCUUAGAAGUGCCCAGAGAAAACCAGCCCAUUCACAGGGAGAAAGUGAAGCGUUACAUCAUAGAACACAUUGACCUUGGGGCCUACUAUUACCGCAAAUUCUUCUAUGGGAAAGAGCACCAAAACUACUUUGGAAUCGAUGAAAACCUUGGCCCGGUGGCAGUCAGCAUCCGGAGAGAGAAAGUGGAAGAUGCCAAGGAGAAAGAAGGGUCCCAGUUCAACUACAGGGUGGCUUUCAGGACAAGUGAGCUUACAACACUGAGAGGAGCAAUUUUAGAAGAUGCUAUACCCUCUACUGCUAGGCAUGGUACUGCACGAGGACUACCUCUCAAAGAAGUUUUGGAGUAUGUCAUUCCUGAGUUGAGCAUUCAGUGCCUGCGACAGGCUUCCAACUCACCCAAGGUCUCAGAGCAGCUGCUCAAGCUUGACGAACAAGGGCUGAGCUUUCAACACAAGAUUGGGAUCCUCUAUUGCAAAGCAGGCCAGAGCACAGAGGAAGAAAUGUAUAAUAAUGAGACGGCGGGACCAGCUUUUGAAGAAUUCCUUGAUCUUCUGGGCCAGAGAGUACGGCUGAAAGGAUUUAGUAAAUAUCGAGCUCAGCUAGACAAUAAAAGUGAUUCCACGGGCACUCACUCCCUCUACACUACGUACAAAGACUAUGAACUCAUGUUCCACGUGUCCACCCUGCUUCCCUACAUGCCCAACAACAGACAGCAGCUUCUGAGGAAAAGGCACAUAGGAAAUGACAUCGUAACCGUCGUCUUCCAAGAGCCUGGGGCACUUCCUUUCACUCCAAAGAGCAUCCGGUCUCACUUUCAGCAUGUCUUCGUCAUAGUCAAAGUGCAUAAUCCGUGUACCGAAAAUGUGUGUUAUAGUGUUGGAGUUUCCAGAUCAAAAGACGUGCCACCUUUUGGUCCACCAAUUCCCAAAGGUGUAACUUUUCCAAAGUCAGCAGUGUUUCGGGACUUCCUUUUAGCCAAAGUAAUCAAUGCAGAAAAUGCAGCCCAUAAAUCGGAAAAGUUUCGAGCAAUGGCCACUCGAACGAGGCAAGAGUACUUGAAAGAUCUGGCGGAGAACUUUGUCACAACCGCCACUGUGGAUACCUCUGUGAAGUUCAGCUUCAUUACACUGGGUGCAAAGAAAAAGGAGAAGGUAAAGCCAAGGAAGGAUGCCCAUUUGUACAGCAUCGGAGCAAUCAUGUGGCAUGUGGUAGCACGGGACUUUGGCCAGUCUGCUGACAUUGAAUGUCUUCUUGGAAUUUCCAAUGAGUUCAUAAUGCUGAUUGAAAAGGAUUCCAAGAACGUUGUAUUUAACUGUUCCUGCAGGGAUGUUAUUGGGUGGACAUCUGGAUUAAUGAGUAUCAAAGUGUUUUAUGAAAGAGGAGAAUGUAUCCUUCUGUCCUCAGUGGAUAACUGCGCUGAAGACAUAAGGGAAAUUGUCCAGCGAUUAGUAAUAGUGACAAGAGGCUGCGAGACUGUGGAAAUGACCCUGAGGAGGAAUGGGCUGGGCCAGCUUGGCUUCCAUGUGAAUUUUGAAGGAAUUGUAGCAGAUGUGGAACCUUUUGGCUUUGCCUGGAAGGCUGGUCUUCGCCAAGGGAGUCGCCUGGUGGAGAUCUGCAAAGUGGCCGUGGCCACUCUGACCCAUGAGCAGAUGAUUGACCUGCUCCGGACUUCUGUAACUGUGAAGGUGGUCAUCAUCCAGCCCCACGAUGAUGGCUCGCCCCGCAGAGGAUGUUCAGAGCUCUGCCGCAUCCCCAUGGUGGAAUACAAACUCGACAGUGAAGGCACCCCCUGCGAAUACAAGACUCCCUUCAGGAGGAACACCACAUGGCACCGGGUGCCCACGCCUGCUCUGCAGCCCCUCCCCAGAGCCUCGCCCGUCCCUGGAACGCCCGACCGACUACAGUGCCAACAGCUGCUCCAGCAGGCCCAGGCUGCCAUUCCUCGCAGCACCUCCUUCGACCGGAAACUGCCUGAUGGUACAAGAAGCUCGCCCAGCAACCAGUCGUCGUCCAGUGACCCCGGACCUGGAGGGAGUGGACCCUGGAGACCGCAAGUGGGCUACGACGGGUGCCAGUCUCCUCUGCUGCUUGAGCACCAGGGCUCAGGCCCUCUGGAAUGUGAUGGAGCCAGGGAGAGGGAGGAUGCCAUGGAAACAGGCAGACACUCAGAAACCAAAUGGCAUGGCCCACCUUCCAAAGUCCUGAGUUCCUAUAAAGAAAGAGCACUGCAGAAAGAUGGAAGUUGCAAGGAGUCCCCCAAUAAGCUUUCUCAUAUUGGAGAUAAAAGUUGCUCCAGUCACUCCAGCAGCAAUACACUCUCCAGCAACACCUCUAGUAACAGCGACGACAAGCACUUUGGGUCUGGGGACCUGAUAGACCCUGAAUUGCUGGGGCUGACCUACAUCAAAGGGGCCUCCACUGACAGUGGUAUCGACACAGCCCCGUGCAUGCCCACCACCAUCCUCGGCCCUGUGCACCUGGCGGGCAGCAGGUCCCUGAUCCACAGCCGGGCCGAGCAGUGGGCUGACGCUGCCGACGUCUCAGGACCUGACGAUGAGCCGGCCAAGUUGUACACCAUGCACGGCUACACAUCCGCCAUCUCUGCUAGCAGUGCUGCUGAAGGCAGCAUGGGCGACCUCAGCGAGAUAUCCUCUCAUUCCAGUGGUUCUCACCAUUCAGGAAGCCCUUCGGCUCAUUGUUCAAAAAAUAGUGGGUCUCUGGAUACAUCCAAAGUCUACAUCGUGUCUCACAGUAGCAGUCAACAGGUUCCUGGAUCUGUGUCAAAGCCCUACCACAGACAAGGGGCAGUGAACAAAUAUGUCAUUGGCUGGAAGAAAUCGGAAGGCAGCCCACCUCCCGAGGAGCCUGAAGUGGCUGAGUGCCCUGGGAUGUAUAGUGAGAUGGAUGUGAUAUCUACUGCAACUCAGCAUCAGACGGUGGUGGGAGAUGCCGUUGCAGAAACUCAACAUGUUCUGUCAAAAGAAGACUUUCUGAAACUGAUGCUUCCUGACAGCCCCUUAGUGGAAGAGGGGAGAAGGAAGUUUUCGUUCUAUGGGAACCUGUCUCCAAGGAGGUCGCUGUACCGCACGCUCUCUGAUGAGAGCAUAUGCAGCAACAGGAGGGGGUCCUCCUUUGGCAGUUCCCGAAGUUCCAUCCUUGACCAAGCCCUGCCCAACGACAUUCUUUUCAGCACCACGCCGCCCUACCACAGCACGCUGCCUCCAAGGACCCAGCCGGCGCCCAGCAUGGGGAGCUUGAGAAAUGAGUUCUGGUUCUCCGAUGGGUCCUUAUCGGAUAAGUCCAAGUGCGCAGAUCCUGGCCUGAUGCCCCUUCCGGACACAGCCACAGGAUUAGAUUGGUCCCACCUCGUGGACGCUGCACGGGCUUUUGAAGGUCUUGACUCAGAUGAAGAACUUGGGCUGCUCUGUCACCACUCGUCCUAUCUAGACCAGAGGGUGGCAUCCUUCUGCACCCUGACAGAUAUGCAACACGGACAAGACUUGGAGGGGGCCCAGGAGCUGCCCUUGUGUGUAGAUCCAGGCAGUGGCAAAGAGUUCAUGGACACAACCGGGGAGCGUUCUCCAUCCACACUGACUGGCAAAGUCAACCAGCUGGAAUUAAUCCUCCGGCAACUCCAGACAGACCUUCGGAAGGAAAAGCAGGACAAAGCGGUUCUCCAAGCAGAGGUGCAGCACCUGAGGCAGGACAACAUGAGGCUGCAGGAGGAGUCCCAGACGGCCACAGCUCAGUUGCGGAAGUUCACAGAAUGGUUUUUCAACACCAUCGACAAAAAGUCUUAGCCAGUCCACACCUCAUCAAGGGACCAUCGGGAAAUGCCUAUUGUCCCUUCAGAGUCACAAACAUGGUUUUUCAGUGUGCUUUCAGCCAAUCGUAGAUGUUUUUGCCGUCCCAUUCUGUGUCGCACCAUUCACCCCAGUGGGCAGGGCGCCUCAACUCCUUCUUGGUGGCCAUAGCGGAGAGCAGCACCCACGGGAACACGAAUGUCACUCCUGUCAAGACGGUGCUCUGGCUUGGGCUUACCUCAAGAGGGAAAAUAGUUGGGUUUAUGUCCUAUGUAUCAGGUGACUUGGUAGAGACAUUAAAGCAAUUUACCAUAGUUUGGGCUUUAGUAUUGUAAAAUAAACAUGAAAACAAAUAAUCAGACAUAUACUUUAAUGUUAAAGGUGCUCUAUUUUUUUGGAUGUACAGUAGUUUUAUUUCCACAGCCACAUUAUCAUAGCAAUAAGAAAGGAGGCAUAGUAAAUAGUUGGAGAAGCUUUGUCCGGGGGGGAAAGCACUGAUGUGUUUAACACUAGUUCUAAUGCAGUUACUUUAGAGACUUAUUUAUUUGCAGGAACAAAUGGUGCCUGAAUAUUAACAGUGUUUCGACUUAAAAAAAAAAGAGAGAUACAUAUGCCUUGUAAAUGGCUCACUGAGUUGUCAGUAGUCACUUCAACUCUUAGUUCACUUUUGUAUAGUUGCUCUGCUGAAAAAAGAAAACAGAGUAAAUCUGCUUACUCAUAGAACCCCUGUAUGCUGUGAGCCGGCGGAAUCACUUGUACGAUGCCAGAUUUGUUUAUCUUUGUACAGAAGCUUUGAUGAAGUGUCUUGUAUUUAACACCCUUAUUUAAGCUUAUUUAACCUUAAAUUGUUAAUUUUAUAAAAUUCGGUUUUACCUGCACUACGACGAGGGAGGGGAGGUAGCAGCAAGCCCAGCAAAGACUGGGCUUGCCCGGAACAGCCCGAGAACGCAGGGUGGGGAGACUCUAACAACUGGAUGCUGCUAGUACGAGUUGUUUGUAUUGCUUUACCAUUUUUAACUGUUAUAUUUGAGGUGAACACACAUUUUGCUUUUUUAAUAAAUGUUUAAAAGAAGUCCACAAAAG